AUGGUGGACACGGUCAAGCAGAUGCAACGGGAUGAUCCUACCGCCAAGGAGCAGUGGCAGGCGUUCUGCGACCAGUUCGGGAACGGCGUGCGGGACCCUGCCAAGCACGACAUCUCAUUCCUCAACAGCUUCGUCACCCAGUACCAGUCGGGGGCGCGCCUGGAGUACAAGGAGGGCGCGGAGCUCGUCAAGUUCAUCAAGCACGGGCAGAGGAAGUCUCAGGGCUGGAAGGCAUCGUGGGAGUCCUACUGCGCCACGAACCCCAAGAACAACGGGAGGCCGGAGCACGACCCCGCGAAGCACGACUCCCAGUUCCUAGAGGGCUUCUUCGACUUCAUCGGCCGCAUGGCGGGCGGUGGCCAGGGCAUGGCGGGCGGCGGCAAGGGCAUGUACGGCGGCGGGGGCAUGAUGGCCGCGCCCCCCCAGCCCCCCCUCAAGAGGGGGUUCGGCGGCAUGGGCACCGCGACAGGCGACCCAUUCAGGGACCAGCUGGUCGCGAAGAUCAAGGCCUUCCAGCGCACGGGGGAUGCCGCGAAGCAGACUUGGCACACGUUCUGCGACACCAGCCUGGGUGGCAUGUACGACCCCUCUCGGCACGACGCCGCGACGCUCCAGAUGUUCAUCGACGCGAACGGCAUUAACGACAUACCCGUGUCGCCCAUGGGCGGCAUGGGCGGCGGCGGCGGUGGGGCAGGCGCGGGCGCCGACCACCCGCUCGUCGUGAGGAUCAAGAGCUACCAGAGAACUGGGGAGGCCCAGAAGCAGGCCUGGCAUACCUACUGCGAGAGCAGCCUCGGGGGCAAGUACGACCCGGCCAGGCACGACGUAGCCGCCCUGGAGACCUUCGUGAUGACCUACGGGGUGCCCUGA